AGCAACAAUUGCCAGUUAUCGAUAACAAAGCGCGCGCGGUCACACUGUUGCAAUAUUUGAAAAGUACGUCGCGUCAUGUACAAAUGUGAUAUAUGCAACAAAAGCAGCGCUAACGAGGAUGCUGAUGAUGUCCUGCUAUAUGGCGAAUGGAUGAUCAAGCAGAAGGUGACGGUGCACUAUUAUUGUCUGCUAUUGUCCACGAAUUUGCCGCAACGCGGUGGCGACUCCAGCGGCAUUCUGGGCUUUUUGCUGCGCGACAUACGCCAGGAGGCGGCCGCCGCCCAGCAGCGCAAAUGCGCCUUUUGCAAGGAAAGAGGCGCCAGCGUCGUUUGCUACAAGUGUCGCAUCGUUUUUCACAUGCCCUGCGGUUUGGAGAAUCGCUGCAUAUAUCAGUUUUGCGAUGAAUUUCGCAGCUACUGCGAGCACUGCAUGCCGCUGGACGACUACCAGCAGCAGCUGAUGAACAAGCCGCCCAAGGAUGCCUAUUGCGACAUCUGUUUCCGUGCCAUUUCACCGUUCCUGCUGCACAACGUCACCUACGGCGAUUGCUGUCGCAAGGGAUUCGCCCAUCGGACGUGUAUGCGACGCUAUGCGCUCGCCUCCGGCUACUAUUUGCGCUGUCUGUGGUGCCGGGACAAGAAGUUCCACGACACAAUACGGCUGCAGUCGGUGUUUGUGCCGGAUCGCGAUGCCACGUGGGAGCGUCAGCCAAAUGCGUACAGCGAGCUGCACAGCAAGCGUUUGCGCUGCGAACAGGCCGUCUGCCUGUGCCCCAAUGGACGGGACUACCACAGACACAGCUGGACCAUACAGCUGUGCAUACUGUGCGCCGCAACGGGCACCCAUCUCAAGUGUCGUGUGGGCACAAUGCGCCUGGUGCGCACCUAUGACGUUGAGCUAAACGACUUUAAAUGCAGCUUGUGCAUUGAGGUCGAGCAGAAGCUGAUCCAUGGUCAACACAACUAUUCCGGCCAGAGGGCGCCGCACAAGCCCAACUGGGAAACGGCAGACGAACAAAUAGAUGCCUCCUAUUAUAUGCCCAAAACGUGCUGUGCCCUGAGCAUAGCACCCGAUGAGGAUUCGCCGGUGCUCUCCGACGAAGAUGCCACCUCCAAUGAGGCGAGCGUAAUAACAGUUGUGCCUUCGCAGCGCCUGUCCACACAAAGUUGUCCACGUUUCAGUCAAAGCUUCGUCAAGUCGCCGCCAGCCGCACUGCCAGCGGACCAAACAGUCAUUGAGCUGGCGGACACACAGCUCAGUUCCACACAGCAGCUAAGAUGCUCCCUAAAGCCGCCUCUGCUGCUGCACGAAUCCUUCACUUGCGGCGCACACUUCUAUCUGGUGGUCUACGAGUACAAUGAGCAUCAGACGGAUCUCUGUACCGGCACCUGCACGCUGCGCUUUGCGGCUAACGAUGCUCGUCUGGGGGAUCGCUCGGUGGAGGCGCUGCAGCACCUGCCGUUGCUCGAAACAGACGUUUGGUUUCGCGACAGCAAUCGCGGCAUCUAUGACAAGAUCGAUCAAUAUACCAAAAGCUAAGCCUACAAACUAUGCAGUGAUACUUGGCACUCUCAAAAGCGAUAUAUAUAUAUUGAUAUGGGCAAAACGAAGGCAUAGAAUAUUUUAGAAAUAUAUAAAAAAAAAAGCACAUAAAUCAACCCAAAAGUUGAAGAAAUGUACGAGGCUGGCAAUUGCCGAGUUUCGCCAAGAUAUCCUGAUAGAAAUUUCAAAUAAAAAAACAGUCCGAUUUCUAAGAAAUAUUGCUUUAGCAACAAGUUUUGUCAAGAUAUGAUAAAAACUAAAGAUCUGAACGAUCGAUACAGCAUAUUGAUAUAGCGAUCUGCACCGCGCCUAGCUUAAAGAGACGGAACCAUAAAAAGUUUAAAGACGAUCGCUUUAAAACUGAGGGACUAGUCGAUACGGAUCAACGUCGUUCCGAAUGCUCGGAAAUUAACGAGUUCCAUCUAGACAUUAAAAUCCGAGUAAGUUAGUU